UCAGUCAAAGUAUUUCAGUCUCCACCAACGUCACAGUCUUGGACAAGUCCAUUAUGUCAAUCUUUGCAACCUGGGACAAUGUGCCCUCAUUUUGAAGCUCCAUUUCCUCUUUCUGCAUCCACCCAAGUACUUCCAUCUCCGACUCUUUCCUCUGCCCAUGUUCCACCAGAACAACCAAAGGUAAAACAUCCUCAAGCAAAGAAGAGGAAAAUCAAAUGUGAUCAUUGUGAUAUGGAGUUGAAUAAAAAGAACUUGCGUGUUCACAUUAGAAGAAAGCACACUAUAGUUAAAGAGGCAGUCACAUUGGAACAACAUUUACUUUGCCAGUGCAUUGACAGUAAGCGUGGCAUUUUUGCAGUGGCAAAAUCUUUUAGUGCACCAUCAAUUCCCAUCCAUGUUCAAAAAAGGAUUUGGGGUGUAAAUGACAAAGUUAUGUGUGAGCUAGACCAAUGCAAUACCAAUGCUGAAUUUGCACAAAGGAGUGGCCUGAAGCCAUUUGAGUGCUGCCAUCUCAUGUCCUUAGCUUUCUGUCCCAAAGAUGAUGGCAAUUCUGUUAAUCUUGAAGAGGAAACCCUAACAGAGAUGGUAAAAGAAAAGUGGCUUGGGGAAAGAAGGAAAGCUGCAUGCAUCGAAAGACAAUGCAUGGCAAACAAAGAAGAUGUGCCACUUUCUGUAGUGAUCACAUUUGCUGGGCCCUCAACAAAAAGAUAUAUAUCAGUGUUUGAGCCAACAAUGUCUUAUUACUGCAGACUUGGAAGAGUGACUGUUGUAUAUGACAGUAAAAAGAUCACAUGGGCCUGUCCUUGUAAUACAACAAAACAGUCAUGUAUUCAGAAAGCAAUAGCUAAAUGGCAUUUAUUUCAAUGUCAGAGAGCUCUUUUCCAGAAGGUGAAGACCACCGAAAUGAUUGAUUCCAUGCAGAUACCUCAACAGCAGUCUGAGAGUGUAGAUGACAGUAGUGAUCAUCAGUACCCACCUAAUGAUGAUGGAAUAGAGAGGAUGGUGCGCUAUUUGAUGAAAAAUAAAUCUCUACCUGUAGACCUUCCUCAAAAUUUGACUAGUGGUCUACAACAGUGGUUCUUAACGUUAUUCCUCGAGGCCCACUGCCCUGCACAUUUUAUCCGCAAUUGA